UCAGCGUAGCGUGAACAGUAUUUCAGUGUUCCUUCCAUUGUACCCUUUCUCCACUCCCAAAUAAAACCGAAAAGAAAACGACUCCAAAAAUUUCCCCAUGGCAGUUGCCACCACCACUGCCAUACGUACAUACAUAUCCAUAUACGUAUAACUGAAAGCCUACCGGCUACUCUCUCGCUCUUCCUGUGUUGCGUCACUGUGAUCGACUUCAGAUCUGAAGAGGAGGUGAGAGCUAUUGAUUUUGAUCCGAAUAGUAUCGAAUAAGGGCGCGUUUUGGGGGUGGAUGGAAAAUGAAGUACAUAGACAAUUUGCCGAGCAUGGAUCUGAUGCGGUCAGAGAAGAUGAUGUUCGCGCAGCUCAUUAUCCCAGUCGAGUCGGCUCACCGCGCCAUAUCUUAUCUCGGCGAACUCGGUCUCCUCCAAUUCCGAGACCUGAAUGAUGAUAAAAGCCCUUUCCAGAGGACAUUUGUUAAUCAGGUUAAAAGAUGUGCUGAGAUGUCGAGAAAACUACGAUUUUUCAAAGAUCAGAUACAUAAAGCUGGCCUUAUGCCAUCUCCUCAUCCAGUUUCACAACCGGAUAUUGAAUUAGAAGAACUGGAGAUUCGACUUGCAGAGCAUGAGCACGAACUUAUUGAAAUGAAUGGUAACAGUGAGAAACUGCAGCAAACAUAUAAUGAGCUGCUUGAGUUCAAGAUGGUUCUGCAGAAGGCAGGUGACUUCCUUGUGCCGGGUGAGAGUCAUUCAGAAGAGACGGAAUUAGAUGAAAAUGUCUAUACAAACAAUGAUUAUUCAGAUACAGUAUCACUGCUUGAACAGGAGAUGCAACCUGGGCCCUCAAACCAAUCUGGUGUAAAAUUUAUAAGUGGCAUCAUUUGUAAAUCCAAAGUUCUGAGAUUUGAGAGAAUGUUAUUUCGAGCUACAAGGGGCAAUAUGCUGUUUAAUCAGGCACCAGCUGGUGAUCGGAUCUUGGAUCGUGCAUCAAAUGAAAUGGUUCAGAAAACAGUUUUUGUGGUAUUCUUCUCAGGCGAGCAGGCAAGAAAAAAGAUCCUGAAAAUUUGUGAAGCAUUUGGUGCAAACUGCUAUCCAAUUCCUGAAGACACAACCAAACGGAGGCAAAUAACUAGAGAAGUUUUGUCACGCUUGUCUGAGUUGGAAACAACGUUAGACGCUGGCCUACAUCAUCGGGAUGCAGCUCUGACAUCUAUCGGAUUUCAGCUUACAAAGUGGAUGAAUAUGGUGAGAAGGGAAAAGGCCAUCUAUGACACGCUAAAUAUGCUGAAUUUUGAUGUCACCAAGAAGUGUCUGGUUGGUGAGGGUUGGUGUCCAGUAUUUGCUAAAACUAAGAUUCAAGAAGCUCUGCAACGUGCAACUUUUGAUAGUAAUUCACAAAUGGGUAUAAUAUUUCAUGUGAUGGAUUCAGUCGAACCGCCUCCAACAUACUUCAGAACAAACCAUUUUACAAAUGCAUAUCAAGAAAUUGUUGAUGCAUAUGGUGUCGCUAAAUACCAGGAGGCAAAUCCUGCAGUUUAUACCAUUGUUACAUUUCCAUUUCUUUUUGCUGUGAUGUUUGGGGAUUGGGGUCAUGGCAUAUGCUUGCUGUUGGGAGCUUUAAUCCUCAUAGCCCGUGAGAAAAGGCUUGGUUCACAGAAACUUGGCAGCUUCAUGGAGAUGCUAUUCGGUGGCCGAUAUGUCCUCCUUAUGAUGUCUCUCUUUUCAAUUUACUGUGGCUUGAUAUACAAUGAAUUCUUUUCCGUUCCUUUUCACAUAUUUGGUACCUCUGCCUACAAAUGCCGAGAUGCUACCUGCAGUGAUGCUCGUUCAGUUGGUUUAGUCAAAUAUAGAGAUACAUACCCAUUUGGUGUAGAUCCAAGUUGGCGUGGAAGUCGUUCCGAGCUGCCUUUCUUGAAUUCUCUGAAGAUGAAAAUGUCGAUUUUAUUUGGUGUGGCUCAGAUGAAUCUUGGAAUUGUACUAAGUUAUUUCAAUGCACGCUACUUCAGCAGCUCACUUGAUAUUAAGUAUCAGUUUGUGCCACAGAUGAUCUUCCUUAACAGCCUUUUUGGGUAUCUUUCUCUUCUCAUUAUUAUUAAAUGGUGUACUGGUUCUCAAGCAGACCUCUAUCAUGUGAUGAUUUACAUGUUCCUAAGUCCAUUUGAAGGUUUGGGUGAAAAUAAGCUGUUCUGGGGUCAGAGUGUACUUCAGGUUAUAUUGUUGCUCUUAGCUGUUAUUGCUGUCCCAUGGAUGCUCUUUCCCAAACCUUUUAUUUUAAAGAGACUUCAUACUGAGAGAUUUCAAGGCCGGGCAUAUGGAAUUCUUGGGACCUCUGACAUAUAUAAUGAUGAGGAGCCUGAUUCUGCACGACAUCCUCACGAAUCGCACAAUGAGGAGUUUAACUUCAGUGAGGUCUUUGUGCAUCAAAUGAUACAUUCUAUUGAGUUUGUAUUGGGUGCAGUUUCUAAUACUGCAUCAUAUCUCCGGCUGUGGGCUUUGAGUUUGGCCCACUCAGAGCUAUCAACUGUUUUCUAUGAAAAAGUUCUCCUUCUUGCCUGGGGGUAUGACAAUUUUAUCAUUCGUUUAGUGGGUCUGGCAGUUUUCUCUUUUGCAACAGCAUUUAUACUACUCAUGAUGGAGACUCUUAGUGCUUUCCUCCAUGCCUUGCGGCUUCACUGGGUGGAGUUUCAGAACAAGUUCUACAGUGGCGAUGGAUAUAAGUUCAGACCAUUUUCAUUUGCCUCAUUAACUGAUGAUGACGACUAGCAAUCUUUUCACGUCCAUUUCUCUUUUGAGGUAUUUGGAGGAAGUAGCAGGAAGAAGAAAAAUUUUGCAGAGCCAAUGGGACCAUAUAGUGGACCGCUAAGAGUCUUAGUUCUCAGUCUUUAACAUGAUACUAGUGGAUUAGACUUGUAACUAUAAGUCCUGACUCAACAUUCGUUAGAUGCAAAGGCGAGUUCAUUGAGAGAGCUUGUAACUAUUUUUGUCCUACAUCCUUUCCUCCCUCAUGCAAAUAGGAAUUAGGGAUUCAGAAGCUGUAAAGAGAGACCUUUUCUUUUACGUACAUACAUUCUCUACCUUUUUAGUUCUUUCCAGGGAGCUACAUUUAUAUAACCUUUAUACAGAAUGUGUACACGAUUCUUUUUGUAAUAAUGUAUCAAAGUCCGGCCGGUACAUGAUUUUCCAGAUUAUAGCAUGUUGGCAAGAGAGUUAUGUAGCGUCACUUGAUCAUAACUCUGGUUGUGUUAUUUAACGAGGUUUUAGGUUGCAGGGCUC